UUCUAAAUAAGUCCUACCAUUCCAGAGGUCAUACCCUCCUACAAGGCAGCCAAUUCAAUCAGGCAACAUGAGAUGCAGGAAAGCUGUCAUCUACAAAAUCAGCCAAAACUCAGGAGUGAGAUGUCUUAAAGUCUUUGGACACGCCUUGCCCUUGAUCAUGUCAGGACUUGAAUUCUGUGGAGAUAGGACUUCCUCUGUGGAGGAAGGCAGUCUGCAUCCUUCAUUCAGUAAGUACUCACAAUAAUCUGCACUGCAUGUCACAAUUCCCCUUUUACAGAAGGAACUAGGUCCUUGGAUAUGCACUAUGACUAAGCUUACACAGUUAAUAAAAGGCAGAGCCAGGAUUUCAGCCGGGUUUGAUUCCAACUUUCACAUCUCUCCUCUCCCCUAAUUGGCCCUCAGAGGCUGAUCAGAUUAACCAAGUAUGCUGCAUGUUAGACCGACGCAAGAGAGGCAAACGCGGGAUGUGCUUACGAACACUUAGAGAAAAUGGAAAUUCUAUGAAAGUGACUGAAUGAAAUCUAAUGAAUGUAAACUAAUCUGCUCAAUCUAAACAGUUGCAGUGUCAAAGGAAUCUGGGAGUUUACUAGAACUGCCCUAAGAAAAUCACAGAGCCCAUAUAACAUCAGACUAUCAACGUAAUCGCAACUUUGCAUGAUGAAAGAGGAAUUCGAUCACAAACGCAGCGGUCUUGUAGAAACAGGAGUUAGGUGUAUGAGAUGCCGAGGCGAGCCUCUACGCGGGUCCAGGCAGCCGUUGGGUGGGCGCGUGGGUCCUGACGCCCCUGCUCACUGUGUGGCAGCAGGACAGCUCCGCACGCCCCCUGCGGUUAUGCUUCCCACUCGCACCAACGUGGCUGCUGGGAUCCCCAGCAGCAAAGUGAAAUACUCAAAGCUCUCCAGCACUGACACUGGGCACAUUAACCGUCAGAAGGAAACUUCGCCUACUGAAGCUAGCUUUAAGUCGAAAAGAUGUCCAGUGAGAUCUCACUUAGUGAAGUUUAAGAAAAACUCUACGAGGAUUCCUUAUAAGGCCAUUGCCUGUGCCACCGCGCAGUUUUUGAUUGGCGCCUUUCUCGUUGUCACGGGUUGCCUCCUGCUGGUAGGCUACAUCAGCAAAGUGGGCGCCAACCGGGCUGUUGCCGUUCUGAUUGUUGGCAUCCUGGUGUUUCUGCCUGGGUUUUACCACUUGCUCAUCGCUUACAGAGCGCACCGAGGCUGCCAGGGCUGCUCCUACAGUGACCUUCCGGACUGUGAUGACUAGCGCCCCCUACAGCCAGGAGAAGAGUCACAGAUGGGGCUGAGCGGAGCUUUAAGGCGUUUGGCAAAGGCUGUGGAACUCUAUGCCUAAGGAUUAAGGAAUUCUGAAGCUUUGUAGAUACUUAGCAAAACUAUGGCCAGAUUUUAUCAAUUCGUCCCCAAAAUGUUUACAAUUAGCCAAGUAGGAAGCUGGGAAAUGCUCCAUUUUUAUGUUCCUGGCCCUGGCUAAAACUCCCGACAAAUUUUUCCACAUGUAUAGUGGAAGAACAGCAAUGGUAAUUGUAUGGGGAAGUGAAAAGUUAUUUUGUAGGGCAAAAUGUUGCCACCACCCUAUUUAGAGCCGAACGUUUCUUUUAAGCAGUCCUCAUUGGUAAUUUUAUCUUGUGGCAAAUGGAAAAAUGCAGUAUGUCUGAUUUCAUAUUACUAAGUAAUUUACUUGGAAAAUUUCUGAGUAUUUUAUCCCCCAUGCUUAUCUCCACCUCUGUAACCUAUGGAUACCUUGGUAAAACCAAGUAUCAACUUAGGAAAAAUAAAGAGCAAUACAGUUGUGUUGUGUGCAA